AUGGCAGUUUACGAAAAACAGCGCCGCAGAUUCCCGAUUGCUUGUGGGAGGGGUUCCCUCCGGAAUGAGAAGAGGCUAUUUGUGUACUGUAGCCCUGCAUUGCAUCAUACGGUACUCGGCUAUCGCUGGGGCCGAGUGAUUGGGUGCCCUUGGGUUAUGUGUGCUUUAUUCCCCUGGGGUGACAUGGGAUUCGGUGCGGUACCAUGGGGAUAUUUCUGCAUCACACUAUGAUGGAAGGAGGAGCUCCCUACUCCAUUGUUGUAUUUAAGCUUCUAUAGCCCCUGGGGUGUUGAAAAACUUUGUUAGGGGAAUAUAGGUUUCACAUUCUUGACUGUGUUGGAGGCUCGGUACUAUA